CACACCAGCUGUCAUCAUGUCUUUGUUUACGUUCCGGAGCGGAACCGGACGAUUGUGGAAUGUGGAAGUGGAAAUGGAAGUGGAAGAGUGGUCUUAGAGUCUCAGUCACACAGUUCAUCUAGGGGAAAUUGUUAUGUUACUGACCUAGGUUCUUCAGUUCCUAAUUGUCUCCAAAAAUGAAGAAAUAGACUACACUUCAAUUAUCAAAUUUGGAAUGGAGAAAACAACCUGCUAAAACACAUCCAUUAGUAAAUGAUAGAGGAACUACUAGUUGUAAUUUUGGUUUAGCCUGAUAUCGAAUCCACGAACAGGCAGAAUGAAGUCACCAGACGACCACUUACACAUAGUCUACAGUUCCUCCUUGCACACCAAUGUGAAAAUCAAAAUUGGUCCAUUGAAGGGAACUCACCCUGUGCCUGAGUUUGAUCAGAUACUUGCGAAUCCCAUGAUAAAGUUCACUGGAUUGUAUGACGUCAGUAUGAAUGCUAGAGCAAGUGCAGACUUAUUGGUAGAAUCUCAGCUUUACUCUGGUGGUCGACCCCUUGCCCUGUCUGUGAGCACAUCACUCAGAGUCUCGAACUCGUCCACACAUCGGUUUGAGUGGUUCGACUUGCCAUUGAAUUUCAGUGAUCUUCCCCGUGAUGCGAUGUUAGCAAUAACUCUGUACGACUGUAUGGGUCCGAGGGCUUUGAAGCCGGUCGGAGGCACUACCAUUUCACUCUUCAGCAAACACGGGGUUUUCCGGCAAGGUAUGAUGGAUCUGAGAGUCUGGUCUGAUUGUGUGGCCGACGGGAAUACCCAGACCACCACUCCAGGCAAGGGAUCCGGUCCGGACAACGACACCUCUUUUGAUAAAGCUAGUACUUCUAGGAAAGUUGAUCUAACUAACAAGAUGCAGAAAACCAAGUUAAAUAAACUUACAAAAAAGCAUCGUGAAGGUAAUUUACCACAAGUGGACUGGUUAGAUAGAUUAGCAUUUUGUAAGAUAGAGCAGCUCAAAGAAGCAGAGAAAAAAAAAUCAAAUCAUCUCUACUUGACUGUUGAAUUUCCUGAAGUUAGUGACAAAGGGAUUAUAUACUCUGUUGUAUUUUACGAGCAAGAUGGUGAUGAGUUGUACCAGUUCAAAGAUCAUCCUGAUAUUGUUCUUCUCCCGGAUCCUGAAUUACAGCAAGAAAAUCUGGUGGAAAGUAAACAUCAUAAUCUUACUCGUAGUCUGCAUAGAGGAGUAUGUGAUAAAGAUCUAAAGCCCAACUCAUUAAUUAGAGAUAAACUGAAUGCAAUUAUAGCUAGCCCACCAACAAAGCAGUUAACCACAGAGCAGCAAGAUUUAAUAUGGAAAUACAGAUUCUACUUGAGCACCCAAAAACAAACAUUGGCUAAAUUUCUUCACUGUGUAAACUGGGAUUUAGCUGGGGAAGCUCGACAAGCAGUGGAUAUGUUACAGCAGUGGGUGCCUAUGGAAGUGGAAGAUUCUCUGCAGUUCCUGAGUUCAACCUUUACCCAUCCAGCUGUUCGAAGGUAUGCCAUCUCUAGACUACAACAGGCAUCAGACGAUGAUCUUUUGCUCUAUUUACUUCAACUUGUGCAAGCGCUUAAAUAUGAAGACUUUUAUGACAUAAAUGAAGUAUAUGAAAGAAUGCAAACAAAAGAGUGUAGCACUCCUGAUACUGAUCAUAAGGAACUUCCACGUCCCUCCACAAGCAGAUGCCCUGACUCCAAAAACAAGAGUAAUUUAGAAGUGGAAAAGGAUGAAAAUAAAAAUCUUGCUACUUUUUUGAUACAUAGAGCUUGCAACAACCCAACACUGGCCAACUACUUCUAUUGGUACCUCAUCACAGAGUGUGAAGAUCAAGAAGUGACCGUAGAGAUGGACACGAAAGUCAGGGAAAUGUACUUGACUGUGAUGCGUAUAUUUCAAGAGACACUACAAAAAGGAUGUACAGAAUGGCAAAAACAACAGCAGAUACUUCAGCGUCAAGUCUCCCUCGUAGAUGAGUUAGUAAAAUUGGUCAAGAGUGUCCAGCGAGAAAACUGUAAUCGCAAGAAAAAAAUAGAGCAACUGCAGACACUCUUAGCCGAUAGUGAAGCAUUCAAAAUCAAUCUAGCAGAUUUUGAACCCAUGCCGUUUCCUCUUGAUCCUAGAAUCAGCAUUCAAGGUAUUGUCCCUCACGAUGCUAUUUUGUUCAAAUCAGCCUUAAUGCCUUUACGCCUCACCUUCAAAACAACUGAUGGCUCCGAGUAUGUGGCCAUAUUUAAGCAUGGGGACGAUUUACGUCAGGAUCAAUUUGUUUUACAGAUCAUAACAUUAAUGGAUAAAUUGUUAAGGUUGGAAAAUCUUGACUUGAAAUUAACUCCGUACAGAGUGCUCGCUACAGGAACAAAACAUGGAUUUGUGCAGUACAUUGAUUCCCUAACUGUUGCUGAUGUAUUAAAGUCCGAGGGUACUAUUCAGAAUUUUCUGAGGAAGAGACAUCCGAGUGAGUCGAGUUCUUAUGGUAUCGCUCCAGAUGUCAUGGAUACUUACAUACGCAGCUGUGCCGGUUACUGUGUUAUAACAUACAUACUGGGUGUUGGUGACCGACACUUGGACAAUCUGUUGUUAACUACCUCAGGUAAACUGUUCCACAUAGACUUUGGUUAUAUCCUCGGGCGAGACCCAAAACCUCUUCCUCCACCUAUGAAACUCAGCAGGGAAAUGGUGGAAGCGAUGGGUGGGACGGACUCUGAACACUACCGUGAAUUCAGCAAACUGUGUUAUACCGCCUUCCUCCAUCUCCGCAGAAACGCUAAUGUCAUUCUCCACCUGUUUUCUCUGAUGGUGAAUGCCAAUGUGCCCGACAUUGCAUUGGAACCCGACAAAGCUAUCAAGAAAGUGCAGGAUAAGUUACAACUAGAAAUGACGGAUGAGGAAGCUGUGCAGUUGUUUAAAAGUUUACUAGACGAAUCUGUAACAGCUGUUACAGCUGUCGUAGUUGAGAAAUUUCAUCAGUUUGCUCAAUAUUGGCGAAGUUAACGAUAUUAUUACCUAGAUAAUUUUAGGUAGUUUAGAACAAAGAAAUUCAUUGACGUUCAGUUAAAAGAAACUAUCUUAACUAAAUGUCAAUGAAUUUCAUUUUUCUAAACUUACUAAAAUCAUCUAGAUUUUCAUAUUUUAACAAUCAUCUAUUUUAACAAUCUACAUGAUUUUAGGUAGUUUAGAUAAAAGAAAUUCAUUGACAUUUAGUUAAGAUAGUCUUAACUGAACGUCAAUUAUUUUCCUAACUAUAUUCCAUGAUCUAUAAUGAAAUAAUAAAUUAACAGAAAAAUCGUUAUUUAGCAUCUGAAUAUACAUGGAAUUAUAGAUUAUGGAAUAUAGUUAGGAAAAUUUGAUUUUGAUAAUGAUACAUAUACAAUAGAUAAAUAAUAUUCACUGAAAUAUAUGUGAGUGUAAAAUAAAUAUUGAAAUAACAAACUGUUUUAAGCAAACAUCUAUAUCGAUUAAUUUUAUGUGUAUCAAUAUCAAGAUCAAAUGAAUAAUUUUUAAGUUAAAUUAAUUUUACCAUUUUCUGCUAAUUGAAUCUAUUUACACAAAUUAAAAUGCA